GUGUGGAGGCGUGAGUCGGGGCCGUGUAGGCGGAGUCAAAGCAAGAUGGCUGCGGGAGAGAGGAGAGUGUCUGAGGAAUCAUCUGAUGGGAUGUUUAUCUGUCGCUAACAGGAUGCACGGCAGCCCGAGAGGAGCAGUGGUUCAUUCGUCAGCUGCCCCGGCUCAGUGCGGUCGAACCCAGCGGUUGUCCCCGGGUCCUUGUGUCGCUGCUCGCCCCUUCACUGCUCUGACAUUGUGGAAUUCAUUAGCAGCUAGCCGCUAGCCCCCGAGCAGCGCUAACUCGCUAGCAGGCAGCUAGCAGGUUUCUGUGGACACCUCGUAACGACAGACAGAUACAAACGACCAAGAGUGCCCGUCCUGACCGGCUAUGGAGUGGUGUUGGCUUCAGACUGGAUGACAGGGUCUACAGGGAGGACAGGGUCACACAGUUUCUAAAGCAGCAGCGGGCUUCUCUUGGACGUACACUGACUGGCAGUGACAGCCCAUACAGUCGACCUCCUUUGCCGCCUUCUCUCUGGAAACACUUUUCCUCCCCUUCAUCCCCCACCUCCCCUCCCCUUCUUAUUCUCCCUCCUCGGUCAUCUUUUCCCUUUCCUCCCUCCUAAUUUCUGUAAUACUUUGACCGUUUACUCAACCCCCUUCCUUCUUCUUUGAGUUUGUGUGACUUUUGACCUGCUGCCCGCUGGCUCCAUUAUGAGCUGGCUGAGCAGGUUGAACCCGCGGGGCUCUGGGAGUCGGUCUGGCCGGAGCGCCGCCCCCUCCAGCCCCUGCACCGCAGACCCAGAGACCUGCCUCAUGGUGUUUGAGAAUCACUGGAGACAGGUCUCUUGGGUGCUGGAGCAGCACGAGCCUUCAUCGUCCAGCGACGACCUGACAGCAGUGAGGAAUCACACAGACCAGAUGUUGUGUCUGCUGGCAGAGGAGAGGCCUGCUGAGAGCGCAGAGGGCGGCCCCAGUGUGCCACCCAUGGGCCCCAUACUGGAGCUGGUGGUCACUGAGAAUAUUCUGGAGUGCCUAGUUCAGUGGCACCUCCGCCGCGGCUUGGAUCCCGACAGCCAGGGGGCGCUGCUCAAGCUCUUUGAGAUGCUCAUCGGCCAGUCCCAGCAGCCUCUGCUACAGCACACAGCCGUUCUCCACCCCUUGCUGAGGCUGAUGGGAGCUUGUGCUGACCCAGAUCUUGGUUGUCCUCCAGUGCUGGAGAACAGCCUGGUACUUCUGCUCAACCAGGUGUGCGUGACCAUGGCCCGGCAACCAGUGGUUCUAGAGAUGUUGUUCCGUGCAGCACCAGCCCAGCAGGGCUCCACCAACCUGCUGAUCUUCUCCCUCCUCGUGCCAUUCAUCCACCGCGACGGAGCGAUCGGACAGCAGGCCAGAGACGCGCUGUUGCUGGUCAUGGCGGCUUCUGCCAGCCACGAGGCCGUGGCGUGCUACAUCGCAGAGAACUCCUAUUUCUGCCCGGUGUUAGCAACGGGCCUAAGCGCUCUCUACUCCUCUCUGCCCAGAAAAAUUGAGGUUCGGGGAGACGACUGGCACGCCCUGCGGCGGGAGGACUGGAUCGGUGUGUCGUCACUCGUGCUGUUCAUGAACUCGCUGGAGUUCUGCAACGCUGUGGUGCAAGUCGCUCACCCCCUGGUCCGCUCCCAGCUCCUGGACUACCUCCACAAUGGCUUCCUUGUACCUGUCAUGGGCCCCGCCCUUCAUAAGUCGUCGGUGGAUGAGAUGAUUGCCAGCACCGCCUACCUGGACCUAUUCCUGCGUAGUGUGACAGAGACUUCCCUCCUCAAAACCUUCCUGCGCUUCAUCCUGCUGCAUUGCCACGACAACGACACCAUCCUGGACACAUUGCUCACACGCAUCAGCAGCAAUUCAAGGCUGUGCAUGGUCUCACUGAGCCUCUUCAGGACUCUGCUCUCUCUGCACUGUGAAGACAUCAUGCUGCAGCUUGUUCUCAGGUAUCUACUGCCCUGUACCCAUGUCAUGCUGAGUCAGCGUCGGGCCAUCAGGGAGACAGACAUUUAUGGAAAGUCAGCAGACAAGUUCCUGUCGCUGAUCCCUGAGUGCUGUCGGCUGGAUGCAGCGCCCUCUGCUGAGCGGGACGAGGACAAUGCCUUCUGGGGCAAAGUGCUGAACAGUCCAAGUACAGAGUCUCCUGCCCCACCAAGACCCAGCACCCCAUCCCGCUUAGCCUUCUUCAUCCGCCAGCAGAGCAGUGGAGGAGGAUCAGGGGGAGGGGGUCCCUCUACGCCCACCAGCAUGGAGCCGCUGCAGUCGGGUCCUGCCAGCUCUCACCCUUUAUCCCCGGACAGCCCAAUGCACCAGCUGCAGACGUACACAGAGUGUCUGGACUGGGACUCGGGUUACCUGGAGUACCUUAAAGAUGCCCGACGAGGCAUCGAGCUCUGUUCCUGGGCCUGCCGAGACUGGUCAGCACCCUAUGAUGGAGAAAACCCCUCCCCAAUCACAGCCGCUCCACCCCCACCACCCCCUACCUCCGCCCCCUCCAUGGCCAUGUUGCCUGAGCACUUCUCUUUUCAGCAGGGAGGAAGCAGUAACACCCCCCCCGUCCAGCAGAGGGCAGCCAUUGUGGCUGCUGCACGCUCUGAGUGGAGCAGUUCGGAGCGAGACAGCGGAGAGUGGGACAUUACGAUCGGCAAAAACAGCUGCAUCAGCCUCACGCCUCGCUCCAAGAAACGCAGCCUGCAGAGGGAGGAGCUGUUGCCGAAACCUGUACCUCCUCUCGUCCCGUCUUCCUCGUCUUCAGCCACCUCUCUAACAAGUUCCCAUGCCGCCUCGUCCCCAGCUCCUCACAUUCCCACCUCAGCUAUCACUGUUAGCUACCAGGCCAUGUAUAAUGGAACAAUGGGACAGGGGGACGGAUGCUCAGACAGUCGAGAUAGAGGUCUGGAGGUAAAGAAAGUGAAGAGAGAUUUAGGGGAGCAACAGUAUUUGGAUGAAAAUUCAAAUCAAAACGGAUCCCUCGUCACACGUCCCUCACAAAGCUGCACCAGUCUCCCCCAAUCCAUUUUUAACAGCAGUGACAUCAGUGAUGCAAAAUCCCUGUGCCCUAACCAGAUUCCCUCACAGAGCUCAAUUUCCCAACCAACAUCUGACACCAAACUGCUGACCAGCGACACCUCAAACUCGCACAGUGUAACCUCAGAUCUUCCAGAAGCCAACCAGACGCAGCAGUCUGUCGAGAGUCUCAUCGAGGAACUGCUUGAGCAGGCCCCAGGGGACCCCCAGCUCCCUCCAGACACCAAUGGUCAGGGCAUCAGCAUCGAGGCCUUCACACAGGAACUGAGAGAGCUGGAGGACAGGGUGAAGGAACGCUGCAGAGCAGCCUGUCUGCAGGAGGAAACAAACAGAGAGUCCCUGACAGCUGAGCGGCCGGAGGAGGAACAGCAGCCGUCCUCGGCCCUGGAGGCAAAGCUGAUAAGUGACACAAAAGUAGAGGGGAAUGUGGUGGGCCUCUAUAGUCCUGCCAGACCACUAAACCAGCCGGCCUCACAGCCAUACACAGGUCCAUUUAUGGUGGUUCUGUUUGCCAAGCUGGAAAACAUGCUCCAAAACUCACUGUAUGUCAACAUCCUGCUCACGGGCAUCGUGGCCCAGCUGGCCUGCUACCCUCAGCCCCUCCUGCGGUCCUUCCUGCUCAACACCAAUAUGGUCUUCCAGCCCAGUGUCAAGUCACUGAUCCAGGUUCUCGGUUCUGUGAAGAAUCGUAUCGAGGCGUUUGCAGCUUCCCAUGAGGACUUCCCUGCCAUGCUGAAGAAAGCCCAGCAGUACCUCGUGGCCCGAGGCAAAGUGGACUGGACCGACUCGCCUGCAGCUGUUCCCCCCCUGCGGCGCUCGGAUUCAUUAGUGAAGAGUCGUAAGCCAUCUCUCGGGGACCUGAUCCUUCGUCACACCAACAGCCCGACUCGAGCCCGGAAUGCCGCUCAGCUGGCCCUGGCACACGUACGGGAUGGCAGCCAAUCACUGACCAGCGCAUUUUUCCGGGGCAGUGGAGGGGCAUCAGGCCUGGAGAAGCAAGCCGAGGCACUGCGAGUGAAGAACGCCGUCUACUGUGCCGUCAUCUUCUGUGAGUUCCUCAAGGAGCUGGCUGCCCUGGCUCAAGAGCACGCCGUCACCCUGCCCUUCCCCCAGAGCCAGGAGGUGGAGGAAUAGAUGGUAAACACAGACUCCUCAAAUCUAGCUCUUAGCCUCCAUUUCCUUUUGUCUAGGCUGUAAAAUAAGAGUUGUAUAGGAUUCACCCAUCACCAGAGGACAGACUGGAGCACUGAGACUGUUCAGUCACUGAUGAGGUCGUCUGCAAUGUCACAGAGGAAAACAGUGGCAAAUUUUGUACCAAAAUCAUUAUAGGAAGCCUAUAGGACUAGAAGUACUGUCCUCAUCUGUAAACGAAUGAUAGUGUGCAUAUCAUGUAUUAUAUUUACAUUCUAUACACACAAAAGUCUCUUGAGAUUUGGGAGCUUGUACAUACACAUACCAUGUCAUGGUAUAAAAGCCUCAGAUAAAGAAAUAGGUGCACAUACUGGUGCUAGUCAGUGCUCUAUAUUUUAAGAUGAAAGGUGCUUUCAGGCGGCACAGAGGAGACGAGGGUUUUAUCCUCAACAAAAUUAUAACAAACACCAAAAAACUGAAAACGUUGAAAGUGUGAGCUAGACGAUGAAAUACAAAGUGAUCCACUCAGCUUCUCCGCCUCCAUCAAGGACAGGCCAAUAGAGAACAAUCGCAGAAGACAAAGUAACAUUGAAGAAGAACCUCAAGUGUCCAUUUUGUUUCUAAAAGGCUCCACUGCUGCAAAGACUCAAUGAACGAGAUGAGAACUGGAAGAGGUGAGGCGAGAGUGCCACCUUCUUUCCUGUGAAUCAGCACGACCAUCACAAAUGUACUGGAAAUUCUUUUUUUUACAUUUUGUUUGAAAUGUGUUUUUUUCGUUUUACAUUUGCACCAUUUUCUAGACAUAUCAGCAACAUGUGGGAGCAGGUGUGACUGUGUUUGUGACUUUGUUUUUAAAAGUGACUCCAUUUUUCCGAAAGGUGGCGUUGAGUCAUCAGGCCGUCGCUAAGCCAUUCACCUGUUGCCAUAAACAAAGUCAGCGGGAUUGAAGAGGCAGCGCAGCCUCACAGUUCAUACCUUUUUAAUGUGUCAUUUAGUCUUUUCAAAAGACCUUAGAGUCGGGGAGAAAAAGGCGAGAAGGGAAGGAUUACGUUUUUUUUCCUUGAUGAUUUCCAUUUACUUUGAACUGACAGGAAAAGGUCCUACUGAGGCAUUCAUGGCUUUUCUUUAAACAGAUCUUUUGUCUGAGCGAAGAAUUAGGCUCCAUAAGAAGCGAUUUUUCAUGUCCUUUUUCAGGUUGAGGUUUUAAUCUGCUUCAAAAUGUUUUGUCUCUUCGGAUGAGACAGGGCCAAACUGAACAUACAAGCGUUCAUCUUGAAAUAUAACAUGCUGCUAUUUUUCUUUUUUUAAACACUCACACCCAGUUUGGUUUGAAUUAUACUUUCACUUCAUCUCAUUGUUAGGUACCAAGUAUUAAAUGUGUGUAGAGGAUGUGGAGGAGUCAGUGCCUGUGAUGUGAGCGGCUUUUUUAAUUUAUUAUCUUGUGUCAGAGAUUGAAUGAAGUUGCAGUCAAAGUGUUAAAAGAUUUUGCCAAGUUAAAAUAUCCUCUUUCAACGUUGAGGCUCGGAAAAUGUUGCGUGUGGGGACUUUUGUAAGAGACGGUGAUUCUUCAUUUUUACAGGUCUGUAAUUUUUCUAGAAGAUUAUCAGGAAAAUAACCUGUGAAAUGAAGCACGACACCGGUGUGAGUGCAUUGUUGAAUCCAACUGCCCAUGGCCCAGCUUUUUGUGAAGUAACUUGUUUUUUUGCACAUACUCGCCAUCCUCUCUCAACUUUCAGCAGCGGAGAAACUGCCUGCAAAGUCUUAAUCUCUGAAACUGAUUACCACAUCAUUUUUUCACAGAUGUCCUCUUUCUCAACAAGUCGAAGCCGCCUCGACUUGUCAAAGCCAUAGCCGUGAUCUUCCUGUUUGUACAUGUAGUUCUUCAUCAUUUUUCUACACAAUUUCUAGACACAUUUUGUAACCCCCCACGUUUAUUUCCAUACAUACCAUUAGUUAGGAGUCUCUGCAUGCCCGUUAAGAUCAGGUUUAUGAUUAAAUAAUGGAUUAAAUAGCGUAGGGUAAGUUUUCUUUGGUUUGUGCAAUAGUGCCGAGCUUACUUUAGCCUCCAUGCAGUAGGUUUUUUUGUGGUUUUAGUGAGUCAUCCGGGUGCCUGCAGAGAUCAACAGCGAUGAACAUGUUUCACACUGAAUGUUUGCUCUAUAAUCAAAUUCGUAGAGAAAUCGCUUCUGUAUUUUACCCGCUGCCUUCUGUCCUUCCAUCUGUUCACCUAGUCUGUUGUUCAUCCAUGUGUUCAGAACAAGAUUCAUUUCCCCCUCGUUCCGGGGAAAGAAAGGCCAGAAGGUGGCGCAGUUAACAAAGUUCCCCUACUUUUACCCUCAAGAUUUGUGUUUUCAUUUCACUAACUUACUAAGAGUUCUGUUAAAGUUCGGGCAUAUUUUAAGCAUCUUGGUAAAUGUCGCUCAGUCACCCUGUAAGUGGUUAGAGUCAGUUUUAUGUUACUCAUACACAUAUGUAGACACCAAGAACAAUUUCUGUGACAACAUUGGAAUCUCCCUGUCUUUUUAAAACCAAUCGCAGACAGUUUCUUGGGACCUGGUCUUAAAAGUUAUUCAUGAAGCACUAUUUAUACGUUGAAAAGCUGCACCUAGUAGAGCGUUGAUCUCUGCCAAGGCCCAACAGUCCCCUUAUGAAACACUUAAAUCAGCUGGAUCUGGAUUUUUUUUGGGGACCCUAAACACUCUAUCCGGCAAUGUUAAAGAAAGUGCCCCUUUGUCCAGAUCUGUGACUAAAUUAAAUGGGUUCCUUUUUGACCCAUGUCCCAUCCCUUCAAAUAGUUUCGUGGAAAUCCAUUUAGUAGUUUCUUGUAAAAUUCUGUUCACAAAAUAACAAGCAAGUAAAAAUCCAGAUUUAUUCUUAAAAAGGUGAUUUUAUUUUUCCCAGAUGAAGCUUGGACAGGGAAACGUUUUUUGCUCAGUGACCCUGAGUUUCAGAAGUUCAGUGGUCGGCAUUGAUCCUUUGUGAAAGAAAAUCCUUCCGAUUUUAGCCCAUUCCCAUGUCUACACUUUCCACAGUCAUUUUUCACUUUGAACUCUUUGUAUUUAUUUAUUUUUUAUCAUUCUCUAGUUUUUCAUUAUAAAAAAUACUAAAGACAUAAUUGUGACAAUGUUUGUAAUGGGGUGUUUUUUCUAAAGGGGAUUAUUUCUACCUGGGAUUUGUCAGAUGAAAGCAGAGCGUAAUAUAGAAAAUCGAAAUUCACACAGUGAAAUAACUAACUGACACUGUUUUAAAUUUGCAUUUGACAAAGGGAUUUAGAUUUUUUUUUUUUAAAGCAGCAACUAUCGCAGCUGGACGCUGAAGCCAAAGCAGACAUUUCUAACUGCUGUUCUUCUAAUGGCCACAAGAAAACAAAAAUCUUAUUGUCAUGAAGUGACAGAGAAAACCAAACUAGUGAUGAACUCAAUUAAAAGGUUAAAUAUAAUAUAUAGCCUGUGUACCACAACAUGUUAGGGCCUCAAAAUGUGUAGAGUCAUAUUUUUGAACACAAUGAUUUGAUAAACAGGUCGUCUCAGUCAGUUGCUGUUUAUCGAAGACCGAAACUGCCAAAAUAAAAAAUAAAUAAAAUAAACAAAUGACGAAUGAUUAAUAAUAUUUGAAUUAAUAAAUGUAGAAACAUUUAUAAAUUAAUUAAGAAGUGAAGAAAUGCAUAAAUAAAUAAAGGCAUAAACAUAAAUAGCCUUUUUCUUUGGAAGCCUAUUGAAUUCACUUGAGAGAAAAAAUCUGCUGUUUUUCUGAAUUAACGAGAUAGUUAAAUCAUUAAUUAGCUUCAGUAUUUGUUAUCACCCAACUGUAUUCAUUUUUUUCAUUUAUUUUUGUAUUUUACUUUUUUAUCUGCAUAUAGGAAAUAUAUUUAUUUUAAAUUUUGGCAGUUUAGAUCUUCCACAGUAGUUUCCUUGUUUCCUCACCUGACCUAAACUCAAGACUCCAAAUUAUCUGCUUGAUAAAACUGUUGAUUAAAAAGAAAAAAUGUAUUUCAUCAUGUUUUGACUGUAAACUGACCAAGAGGGUGCAGAGUGUUAACCCAAAGCUACGCUUCAAAAAAAUUGUCAUGUCCGUUUUUUCCCGCUGUCUUCAGACAGAUUUACUUGAACGUUACAAAUUUUCACUCAAAAAUGUAUUCUGUCAGAUGAAUAUUAAUUGUUUUUUUUGUUGCUUUUCAAUUCAGAGCAUUUUAAUUUUGAGUUGCUGUGUUGUGUUUAUUGAAGGGUACAUGGAAACACACUGCAAACAUAAAACCAAAGUGUAAAACUGUCACUUACUUUAAUUUUGUUUCAGGGUGUGUUGUGAUUGGCUGUUCUAUUUAACAAUGCAACACAAAAUAUAAAAGUAAAAACAACAGCAACACAACUUAAAAGCAGCUUAGCUUCAUGUAGCAAAGCUGUGAGGCCCUUUAACUUCAAACGCACAUAUCAUUCAGUUCAGCAACUCCCUUUUUCACUUCAACUAGAAUCUGUUCUCACUCCUGUUCUCUUAGUGUCAGAAACACUUUGUGCCAUGUUUUUAGAAUUUUUUUUAAUACAAGGAUUUGUAUUGCUUAUCAUGGGAUGUACUGCAUCUUCACUCAUUUUUCUUUCUUUCUUUCUUUCUUUGGAAAGCUUUGACUUUUCACUAAUAUUUCUCCCCUGUGAUCUAUGCAAACAUGCUCUAAUGUCCCCUGUUUGAAUCUGAGAAGAUGAUGUGGACUGAUUUAAUGUGUAAAUACUGUAAAAAUGGGGAAAAAAAGCAAUGGGUCAGAAAUGCAGAGGUGUGUGAAAUAAUCAACGGGUCAGAAUGAAAAUCACGCUAAAAUAAUGUAAUGAUGUUGAAUGUUGUCAGAAAUAUUUUUCUAUAUUUUGAAAUCAUUAGAAAAAAGGACAAAAUACAAAGUGGGAUAAAGCUGUCAGAAGAACACUACAAAGGGAAUGUUUUUAUUAAUUUAUAAAUUCUUUGCCUAGCAAUA